GCUUUAUCUCGUGUGGAAGGCAGACUAGUGAUAGGCCUCUCCUACCUGCCUCCCUCGAUCGACAUUCGCCUCACCCAGAUCCCCGACAAUGUGGCCAAACAACCUUCUUCAUCUAGUCGAGUCUCCCUUCCCAGCACAGUUCUGCUUCCCUUCGGCAGUGUCUUGGUUCCCUCAACGUCGUCUUCCUCCUAUCCUGUCACUGCCAAAUACCCUGAUGAAGCUUCAACCACGACAACACCUCAAUCACCACCACCACCGCCUCUGGGCGUAAAUCCAUCCAUGCUGAUGUCCAUCUCUACAAUAAUAGAUGAGAACAAUAUGGAGAUGGCCGAAUCCAAUUUACCCGAGGGUUGGGAUGAACGGGUCGACCAGAAUGGAAGGACUUACUAUGUUGAUCACAUUCACAAACGAACGCAGUGGGACCGACCCAUGAGGUAA